UUAAUAAACAAAUCAAUGACAAAGAGAGAUUUAGCUGCAGCAUUGGAGAAUCCAAACUUGUCCAGAGUAGUGGAAGAAUGUCUGAAAGAAACACACUACCAAAUAAACAUUAACACAGUGACGGGAAAUUCAAGGAUUUUCAGCAAAGUUUUUUUUUUUCCUGAUUAUGGCUUUGUGUCUAAACAGCAGGACCUGCUGGAUGCAGUUAUAAGAGCAAAGGUGCUCUUAGAGAGGGGAAUGGCAAGUUGUAGUGAGGCUGCCAUUAAUGUCCUUCAUCAGCACAAUAUAUUGUUUCGCUUCAGCACUCCUGCCCUGCUUAUGCACCACAAAUUUGCUGUAAUAGAUGCACCAGAGCAACACUCGGAGUCCUCUUACCAUAUGUAUGAUGUACUAACAAAGAAUGUUCAUCAAGAGGACACUUUUGAUGGUGUAUUAAUGACAGGUUCAUUUAAUUAUACUUGGAGUGCAGUUAUAAGUAAUCAUGAAAAUGUCAUUAUUACUAAUCAUCCACACUUGGUAAGCAGAUUUGUAAGUGAAUUUGAAAAACUCUGGGAUAGUUCAGAAAUAUAACUUUAAAAUAAGCUAUAGUUAGUCUCAGGAAAAUAGAUUGGUGUUGAUUGAGGUGUAGCACUUUUUGCAAAUACUGAAUUAAGAAUAGUUACUAUUGAUGGAUACAGGUCAACCAUCACUAAUCUGGU